UCUGUGGUAGAAAACGUUUUUUCUUUUUACUUCUUCAGCUGCAACAGUAAUAACAACAACAACAACAAGACUAUGCAUUUUAGCCGUUGCAACAACAACAACAGCAACAGCCAUGUUGCAUGAUCUUCUCCUUUUGCAACAAUGACAACAACAACAAAACUAUGCACUUUAUCUUCUGCAAUAAUAAAAACAACAACAACAACAUGGAUUUCAUUAGCUGCAGCCACAGCAAUAACAACAUUGCAUUGUCAGGUGCAGUUAUGAAAUAACAACAACAGCAACUUGCAUUUUGUUCAUUUCACAAAUAUACAAGGAAUUAACUGCAACAAGAACACCCACCAACACCAGCACCAACAGCAAUAUGUCCGGUUUUGUUGACCGUAUUUUUGCUGCAACUGUCAGCUUGUAGUUCUUCCAUCGAAGCAGCCAGCAAUGUUUGUCUGUUGUGACCAGUGGUUUUGGACGGGAUGCAAAAGGCCAUGGGCGCUGUCCCUUCUUUCCCCAGACCCAACCAAAAUAACAACAACAAGGGGACUGUCUCUAUGGUCAUUCCACUUGCUGGAGGAUCUGAAGAAAUUCAAAAAUAUUUCAAGUUGGAGGAGGAGAAAACUGUCCCAGGAAGAUUAGAAAACAAGACAAAAUAACAAAAUGUAUCUCUCCGAGCAGAAUGCUGGAAUAUUGCAUUUGAUUGGCUAGUCACAGUACAAUGCAACAUUUGAUUGGCUAAUUCCAGUAUACCAUAGCAUUUGAUUGGCUGGUCAUAACAACAUAUAUAUAUAACUUUUGAUUGGCUAAUCCAAGAAAAGAAAAAAAAAGUAAUAAUGACAUUAGUUUAAAAGAAGCAUAUUUUUGUAAUCCAAUUGAAUUUAGGAGGCUUUUACCAAAAAUACAGAAGACAAACCUUAAAUUUCUCUACAGAUAUAUAUAUAUAUAUAUAUAUAUGUGUGUGUGUGUAUAAAUAUACGUAUUUAUAUGGAGACCUAGUAAUUAGGAAGAAUGGCAAGCCAAAAGACUUAGUAUUUUGAAGACCUGAAGAAUUAUCUUACUAAUCUUUCUUCUUUAAACAACCUUGAAGUCUGAUUGAGUGCAUACCAACAGCUGCCAGAUGCGCAUGUACCCACUGGUGAGAUUUGCUGCCAUUUCAAAAUACAGCACUGUGAGUCUACUGAGGAAUUGUAGAAGUUUGGUUUGUAACGGACGAAAUGUCAACAGAGAAAUAAGAUAUUUGUGAAACAUGUCAGGUGUGUUCUGACUGGAACUGACUGGUCCAAACCGGUUUGAUAGUUUUUGUUUUUUUUUUGCGUUAUUUUUUUGAAAUCUACAAAAUUAAUAACAGAAAAUAUUUAAGAUAUUCACAAGAAAUAUCUAUUCUUCAGUAGAAGUUUCUGGAAUAACUUUUAAGAAAAUUACAAAAAGAUAUUUUAAAACUGGAGAAAUUGAGUGACAAUGGAGUAAACCCAUGUGAGAAAGGCUUAUUUUUGUUGUAGUUACAUAUAUACAUACAUACCUAUUACAUAUAUAUAUAUAUAUAUAUACAUGCAUGUGCGUGUAUGUAUAUAUAUUUAUAUAUAUAUAUAUAUAUAUUUGGAAAGAAACAAAAAUGAUUUUAAGACCAUUCUUACAUUUUAUGGAAUGUGACUUUGUUAAAGAAAUUCUUUGGAAUUAUAUUUUCAGUAUAUCAUAAUUCUUUGGUUGUGCUGAGAAAAGAAAGAGAAAAAAUAGAGAGAGAGCGAGAGAGAAGAGAAAAAAAAAACAAAGAAGAACAGUUUUGAAAAAACAGAAACGUAAUUAAAUGUGAAGACAUAGAAAUUAUUAUAUGAAAAAAAUAGUCAAUUAAGGAAACAAACAAAUGAACGAAUAACGAAGAAACGCUGUUUGAAGAAGGCCAUUUGGUGAAGGAUCAUUUGACAUCGGCAUUACCAUGUUUUCUGUGCAUUCCCUGUAUGGUAACAUGGGAAAUGACUUCAACCUGGAAUUCAGCAUUGAUAGCAGCCGUUUGAUAUGUGAUCAGCCUGUCUUCCCCCAGAAUGAACUUUACCACCAGCAGCUGCAGCAAACGAGCAACUACUGCAGCGGUGGCAGCAGCGGCGCCGUGAAACCGAAGGAAGAAAAAUCGGUGUUUCCCAUCGCGAAUGAUAGCUACACGAUCAACCAUAGCCUCACUGGUAAAAGCCUCGUUACCAACGACAGCCAUCAUAAUGAGAAGCCGAGCAAAAGCAGCAACAGUGCCGGCAACAACAACAUCAACAACAACAGCCACCACCACCACCACCACAACAACAACAACAACAAUAAUGUCAAUCAUGUUAACCACAUUGCUGUCAGCUCUACCACCACCACCACUGCUAAUGUUACAACUACAACUGCAGCUACUACAAAUAGUUCUGCUAUUACUACUACUACUACUAUUACUUCUUCUAUUUCUACUACUUCUACUACUACUACUACUACUACCACUAUUUCUAGUGACUGUGUCGAUGGUAUGGGUUUAGGCCCAGACGACAGUAAGGACAGAAGCUGUUUUCUGAACGUUGGUAAUAAUAUCAAUGAGGAUUCGUUGUGUGAUGAGGCCAGCCUGAAUGGCCUCGGUGCAGUCAGGGAGAGCUGGUUGGACAAGGAUAACCACUUAAACAACAACAAUCACCUGAACUGUAACAAUAAUAUCACUAACAGCUGGAUAGGUUGUGAUUUAAAAGAGAGAAUAGCAAUGGGCUGGAUGAGUGGUAGUGUGAGUAGCAGUGAUAGUAUUGGUGGUGGUGGUGGUGGUGGUGGUCAGACAGUCGUGAAAACCGAAAGGACAGACUCGAAAGCCUUCAAGUGCCAUCUCUGCCGUAAAGCAUUCUCGCGACGUGCCAAUCUGCGUAACCACGAGCGUGCGCACUGGAACGGCAAACAGCACUCGUGUCUUCAUUGUGGCAAGCUCUUCUCACACCGUGCACACCUAGUCAUACACGAGCGAACACACACUGGAGAGAAGCCAUUCCUUUGCCCUGUGUGUCCGAAGCAUUUUGCACAGAAGGUGCACCUUCAGAAUCAUGCGAGGACACAUACGGGCGAGAAACCUUACCGUUGCCGAUACUGUACGAAAGCAUUUGCUCAGAGGGACCACUUAAACAACCACGAACGUAUCCAUACCGGGGAGAAGCCAUUUACGUGUUUGAGGUGUUCAAAAUCAUUUACCCAACGUGGACACUUGAAGAACCACCAAAGAACGCACACAGGGGAGGCACCCUACAAGUGCAGCUUGUGUUCAAAGGCGUUUGCACAGCGAUCACACCUGAACAACCACGAGCGCACACAUAACGGUGGCGCUCACAGUCAUCAUAGUAACAUAAGCAACAGCAGCAAUAGUAAUGACAGUUGCAGUGAUGGACGAUCGCACAUGAAUGAUUCCGAACAUCUCCACAACAACAACAACAACACCACCAACUCUCCCGUUUCGAUGUAUAACCGAUGCUGCAGUGCAUCCAGUUGCACUUGCAGUUGUGGUGUGUGUGAGAGGUGUCGUGGUGUGCAGUUAGGGAUUAAAGUUGAGGAGGACAGCAAUGAUGGAAUAGCAGAGUGCAGUAGCAGAUGCGACUGCAGCAACAGCAGUGGCAACUGCAGCAGCACGAGCUGUACCAGCAGCAACAGCUGCGCCAGCAACAGCUGCAGCAGCAGCAACAACAGUUGCACCAGCAACAGCUGCAGCAGCAACAGCAGUUGUACAAGCAACAGCUGUGCUAGUAACAGCUGUAGUUGCCCCAGUUGUCAGGAGCAACCACACCACAAUCACCACCUGAACAGUAACAACAACAACAACAACAACAGCCACAAUCAUCACCUCCAUCACAAUCAUCAUCAUCAAUGCAGUAACCACAGCUCGGGACAGCAUCAUCAUCACCACCACCAUCACCACCACCACCACCACAAGCAUCACUUGCAUAACCUCACGCAGAACUCGCUGACGUCGUUGCAGCUAGUCUCGCCCUCCACGUCGCUCUCGACGCCGCUGCUGUCGUCAUCGUUGUCGUCAUCGUUGCCGUCGAUGUGUGGAGUGACAGACGGAGGGGGAGGGCUGAUGGGGUUCGGCGCCGACGUCUGCAAGAAAGAAUUCGGUUUCCAGUCAUCAGACAACCUGUUCCCUAAGAAACAGGAAGCAAUCCUUCCCACCGACAUGAAGAUGUUGACCUACGACAUCUGUAAGAAGGUCCUCUCCCAGAAAACUACCCUGAAGAAGUGCAAACACACGAGCACGGGGGAGGUGCUUUACAGUGCCCUAAAUCUCCUCUCUGGGUAUAAUCACUAAUGUGACAUGGGGCUGGGACAACCCUGUAAACAGCCAAUGUCACACCCUGACACACCAUGACACAACACUACAUUACACUGUGUCCCAUGACACAACAUCCCAUGCUGCCCCACAACUCACCACCUUUGGGCAAAUGAAAGUACCUCAGUGUGGUGACUCAACCUGCUAAAAAUAGCAGUAGAUCCUUCCCUCAAAUCACACUCAUUUUAUAAAAAGAAAACAACAAAAAAAAAAGCAGAGGAAGGAAGGACAUAUUGACUGAUGUAGUCCUAGAUAGACUGUUAAAAAAAGAAAUGACAAAGAGUGUUGUGGUUGAAAGGUUUCUGAUCAUAGUUUUGCUGGAUCCAGGGUCACCUUGGGUUAAACAAUAACAACAACAACAGCAGCACACCGCAGGUACAGUGUAGGGUCGUGCAUCGAUUAGUUACGACUGCUGAUGCUGGAGUAUGGACAGUUUAUGGUGACACACGGGUGUGGGGGUGGUGGGUGCAGUGUGGGGUGUGGUGGAGGUGGUGGUGGGUGAGGUGGGGUGACUGACAGACACAGGAACAUGAACUAGGAAAGAAAACAAGAAUUUUUACAAAAACUGCAAAUAAAGGGAAAAAAAAUUGAAAAACGAUGAUGAUGAUAAUAAUAAUAAUAAUAAUAAUAAUAAUGAGGACGAUGAUUCCUUAGUGUGGCACAAAGCCAACAACAAUGAGAUUACUAUUAUAAAUAAUAAUAAUAUUAAUAAUAAUCACAGUAAUAAUAAUGUUAAUCAUAGUGAUGAUGAUGAUGAUGAUGAUCUUCACAACACAACAGCAAGCAUAAUAAUAAUAGUAAUAAUAAUAAUAAUGAUUGUGAUGAUGACAAUGUUGUUAAUGUUGAUGAUGAUGAUGAUGAUGAUGACGACGACGGCGAUGACGGUGAUGAUGAUGAUGCAAAUUUCUGUCUCGAAGAACGAGGGCAGUUCUGUAUAGUGACAACCAGUAUAUUACUGGUAUAUAUUUAAUCAAUGCCAACCAACCCCAUCCUCUCUCCACUCUACCAUCAACCUCUUCUCCCCACCUGCAACAUCCAUCUCCUCUCCCCACUCCUCAGUGAUAUUCUCGCUCUCCAUAUAUAUAUAUAUAUAUAUAUAUAUUUAUGUAUGCAAAAAUAAAUAUAUAUAUUUAUGUAUAUGUACAUAUAUAUAUAUAUAUAUAUAUAUAAAGACCAAGUUUGAUUUGUCAGGAUUUGAACUGUUGUCACUUGUGCAACCAUACAACUGAAAUUCAGACACUCUGGCAAACCAUCCAAUCCACCACAUCACCAUCAAUCUACACCAACACAAGGACACUCACAGCAGCAGUAUAACUAGUAGUCAUAACUGUAGAAGUAGUAGCAGUAGUAGUAAUAAUAAUAAUAAUAAUAUUACUAAUAAUGAUAAUAAUAAAAAGAUGGGCUACAGCAAAUAUUCUGCUUGAUACCACAGAUUUGCUUGUCAGUUGUUUGACCUUAACCAGUUGAGCAUGUCCCUUAGUGGAUGACGAUAUGUGCAUCUCUGAUCAUGAGCAGAAGUAGUGGGGGAACAUAAUAGCCAUGUGUUGAGAGGAAUUCUUUGGGGUUUGAAUAAUUCACCUCUGGAAAUAUAGGUGUUUCUUUCAACAUCCUUAAACAGCCCUUAUUGAAGGACCGUUUGAGUGGGAUGGGGUACUGAACCCGAAGAAAAUUCUAACUGGACCCCACCUGUAAGGUCAUGCGCUGUUUAUCUUGAUAUAAAAUCACCUUGUUAUGCACAUAUGGUUGUGAUGCAUGUGCCUGGUGUACCCUUAUCAGACGGGUAGUCAUGAUGGGUAUAAUGGGCUGCUCUCUCACUCAAUAAUAAUAAUAAUAAUAAUAAUAAUAAUAAUAGUGAUAGUAAUGAUGUGGUGCAGGCAUAGGUGGGUAGUUAAGAAGUUCCCUUUGUAGCCACAUGGUUUCAGGUUCAGUUACAUUAUGUGGUACCAUAAGAUUUUAAAGUGCCCUUCUGUAGCCCCAGGCCAACCAAAAUCUUGUGAGUGGAUUUGCUUGAUAGAAGCUAUCUAAAGUCCAUUGUUUUUUGUAUGUAUAUGAAUAUAUAGAAAUAUGUGUAGGUGCAGGAGUGGCUGUGUAGUAAGUAGCUUGCUUCCCAACCCCAACCACGUGAUUCUGAGUUCAUUCCCACUUUGUGGUACCUUGAGCAAGUGUCUUCUACUAUAGCCUCGGGCCGACCAAAGCCUUCUGAGUGGAUGUGGUAGAUGGAAACUGAAAGAAGCAUG